GAGCAUUGCUGCUACUUUUGGUUUGAGGAGGAGGUGGGACCAGUGUUUUUGCGUGUUGUGCUGCGUGUUGUGCUGACCGUGCCGCUGCAGGGAGCUGGGAGAGGAGCAUGGGCGAGCCGGGAAGCCACGACGUGAAUACACUGACCUAUGAUGAUGUGCAUGUUGACUUCACUUGGAAAGAGUGGACAUUGCUGGAUCUUUCCCAGAGGAAUCUCUACAAAGAUGUGAUGCUGGACACCUACUAUAACCUCACUCUCAUAGGAUACACUUGGGAAGACCGUAAUAUUGAGGAACAUUGUCAAAGUUCUAAAAGACAUGAAAGACCUGAAAGAAAUCAUCCUGGAGAGAAAUUUUCUGUUUAUAAUCAAUAUGUUAAAGCCUUUGCAUAUGACAGACAUCUUCAAAGGCAUGAGAGCACACUUAUUGGAGAGAAACCUUUUGAAUGUCAUCAGUGUGGUAAAGCCUUUGCUUACCACAGCUAUCUCCAAAGGCAUGGAAGAACACAUACUGGAGAGAAACCCUAUGAAUGUAAUCAGUGUGGUAAAGCCUUUACAGAACAAGGUAAUCUUCGAAGGCAUAAAAGAAUACAUACUGGAGAGAAACCCUAUGAAUGUAAUCAAUGUGGUAAAGCCUUUGCCUAUAAGAUAGGUCUUCAAAUGCAUAAACGAACACAUACUGGAGAGAAACCCUAUCUAUGUAAUCAGUGUGGUAAAGCCUUUACAAUACAAGGUAAUCUUAAAAAGCAUAAAAGAACACAUACUGGGGAGAAGCCCUAUGAAUGUAAUCAAUGUGGUAAAGCCUUUGCUUGUCAUAGUGCUCUUCAAAUGCAUAAAAGGAUACAUACUGGAGAGAAACCUUAUGAAUGCAAUGAAUGUGGUAAAGCUUUUAUUCAACAUAGUCAUCUCCUAAUACAUAAAAGAACACACACUGGAGAGAAACCCUAUGAAUGUAUUCAGUGUGGUAAAAGCUUUGCUCAUCACAAUGUUCUUCAAAUGCAUAAAAGUACACAUACUGGAGAGAAACCCUAUCCAUGUAAUCAAUGUGAUAAAGCCUUUACAUGUCACAAUCAUCUUCAAAUACAUAAAAGAAAACAUACCGGAGAGAAACCCUAUCAAUGUAAUCAAUGUAGUAAAGCCUUUACAUACCACAAUAAUCUUCAAAUACAUAAAAGGACACAUACUGGAGAGAAACCUUAUGGAUGUGAUCAGUGUGGUAAAACCUUUUCUCAUCACAAUGCACUUCAGAUACAUAAAAGAACACAUACUGGAGAGAAACCCUAUGAAUGCAAUCAGUGUGGUAAAGCCUUUGCACAACAAGGUAAUCUUCAAAUGCAUAAAAGAACACAUACCAGAGAGAAACCCUAUGGAUGUGAUCAAUGUGGCGAAGCGUUUAAACAACAACGUAGCCUUCAAAUGCAUAAAAGAACACAUACUGGAGAGAAACCCUGAGAAUGUAACCAGUGUGCUAAAACCUUUGCAUUAUUAAUAAGCAAUCUUUGAAAUCACCUGAAAAAGAUGUACUGCAGAAAUACCCUAAAAAUAUAGUCAGUGUCGUGAAGUUGUGCACUUUAUACAGGAGUUAACCUUUUUGUGUGCAAUCAAUCUGUUAAAGCCUUUGUUUUUUACAGUAGUCUUUGAGUGCCUAUAAAAAAUUCUGAGAGUAUAUUAUUGUAAAGUAUUUGGUAAGCUCUUUAUCCAACACACUUUACAUCCUUACAUAAAAGAGCAUUCAUUCUGUGGAAAAUUUUGACAGUGUCAACAAUCUGUUCAAGA